AUGUCAUAUUACGAGACCCGCCUCCACACUCUCCCGACUUUGGUCCAAACCGAGAUCAACGUUCAAGUCGGACUGGAAGCCAGUCUUAGAUCUCUUUUCAAAGCAAUCCCGUCCAUGCGCUCUCAUUUCAAGCAGUACGAGAUUAGCAUCCUGCAUGGUAUCUUCCGAAACCAUAUGCCCGAUGACCAAGAACGGAAUAUUCUCAAAGAUGUUUUGGCGAUCAUCGAUCUGGGUUCCGGCAAAUACGACAAUGGUGACUUCAAAGAGAUGCUGUCUGAUAGAAGACGAAACGAACUAUCGCGUCCCCCUGAUCUUCGUCAACUUCGACAGAUUUGGCUCCUGAUCAGCCGGAUCAUCAUUUUGAUCGAAGACUAUGUGUCAAAAGCUACGAGCUUGUACCCUCCUCGUGCCUAUAUGGGACUUCCCGACCUCGAGUGGGGAACUGGUAGCAAGUUCAAGGGUCAGUCACUGGAAACCCGGCUGGUGUCAUUUACGAGCUUGGGUCGCCAUGAGAAGUAUCGUCUCCUUCGUGCUUUCGUCAGGUAUCAGCUGCUCUGCGAGGCCCACCGCACGUUCUCUUCAAGGUUCAUGACUAAGGAUAUCUUUGAAUCGCACGCCUUUGAUGGGGAUUAUGCGCCUAAUCUAUUGGCCUUUUCUUCCACGCACGAUUACUACAGAGCACUGUGGGGUGCUGUGUUUGCACAGUCUGGUGACUCAUGGCUUCCCGAGCUACCUACCGAAUGCCAGGGGGCACCAACAAGCCUUGUAAAGAGUCCGCGCCGGCUACUGUACCCUGAUAAUAGUUUUUUUGAUGCAGAGAGGUACUUUAACGACCUGUCGCUUGGAACUGAACAUCGACCCGAUCUCGUGGACGAAUUGGCCAACUGCGGUCUAGAUCUGGUCUGUGGUACUCUUAACAAUUUGAGCGAAGCACAAGACUGGGGGGUUCUCUUCAAGACCUGGUUGAAAGAACUCAUCAUGAAGGUCCCCAAAUUCUCACCGUGGAUCUAUGAGAUGGGUUACUAUCCGCGGUGGGGUCGAAGAACGCUGGAAGAGCUUGUGCCCGAAGCAUGGGAAUUCUUCUCCUCAGAAGUCCUGUCCUCAUCUGAUCGAGAUUCCCUGCGGCCCUACAUUGCUGAGAACUUGCGAGUCCAUCAAAUUAUCGCGGACGAACAGUUAGAGCUGUGCCAAAGGCCAUAUGUGCGUCAGGCUCAGAUAUAUCGGCAACGAGCAUGGGGCCUCUUCGAUGACGAAAGACUAUAUGUCAACGCAACUCGCCCCUUCCCGACAUUCGAGCAACUUCAUGUUCUCGAGACUUUAUUGGAUCGCGAGGGUGGCCCUGAACUGCAAAGACAAAGAAGGUCACAGCUUUGGCAAGACCUUUGGAUGGGCAAGCGUUCGUCCGUAAUUGUUGGGGGCCUACGACAGUCAGAUGACUCGGUAACACAGUCACAACUUUCAGGCAGAUCGACUCCAUUAUGGAAUACCUCCGGUCAACGUCUUUGGGGAUGA